AUGGUUCGCGUUAAGGCUCGUGACCUUCGUGGCAAAAAGAAGGAGGAUUUAACGAAGCAGCUGGAUGAACAGAAAACCGAAUUAGCUUCUCUUCAGGUAUCUAAAGUAACUGGUGGUGCUGUUUCGAAACUUUCAAAAAUCCGAACAGUCCGCAAGAACAUCGCACGAAUUUUGACGGUCAUCAAUCAAACGCAGAAGCAAGAAUUGCGUAAAUUAUAUAAGGGCAAGAAAUACAAGCCUCUUGAUUUGCGUCUAAAGAAGACACGUUCGAUGCGACGUGCACUGACUCCCCAUGAAGCUUCAUUGAAAUCGGCAAAAAAGCUCGCUAAGGAACGCAAAUUCCCGUUGAGGAAAUAUGCAUUGAAGGCAUGA